GUCCAGACACAGCACUCAGGACUCAAAUGUCCGAAAUGUUGUUUGUGAAGAUUGAGCUGAUUUGUUUGUUUCUAUACAUUCCUCAGUUCCUGUUUUCUUGUUAUUCAGCAUUUUUCCAUCUUGUCUCAACCUUGUGGUUUGCACCGUCGACACCCUAGAUUAACAACAGCUUUUCUGCAGUCACACUAUGUUUUGUGAUUAACAUGUCCUACUUCUAUAAGGCAUAUAUUUAUGUUAAAAGAGAACAAAACCAUCCCUCACACUCUCUAUCCUUGUUUCAUUUUGUGGUUCACCGGAUUCGUCAUUUUCAUCGAGACGAGGUACAGAACGACCAGCUAGCUAGUCAGUACAGCUAGGUAAGCUAGCUAUCUACUAUACCAGCAGCAUCCUAGUUAACUUAGCUAACAAUACAUCAUUCUCUCGUUGACGGAUGCUGGCUACAUCUGUCCGGUUCUCCUCUCUUCACUAGAUGGACGGUAACUUUAGUGUUUAACCCCUCUGUGUCCAAGGACCGAUCUUUUGAAUAUUAUUUUCAGGGCGCCUCAAUAGCAGGUAUUGAACACCGGGUAAAUAAUCACUAGUCAGAGCCUCAACCUUAGUAAACAUUCAUUAUAAAACAUCUUAAUAUCUGAUAUUGCGAGUAAACAACCUCGGAAUAGAAAAGACAAGAGUGGUCUUCCAGCCCUCCAAUAAAUUACAUAAUUCAACCCUCCCGGUUAGUAAAUUUACCUCAUCAUGCCCCCGGAGAAGGCAGAGUAACGACACCAGCCUUUUAGCGAGGCUGACUACAAUGCUAAAUUAAUUUCGUUAUUAAAAAUGACACACUGCUCGCAAGCAGCAACGAGCAUCUAGAAGUCAGUUCUUUGUGAUGCAGUUCGCGCUGCAUCUCCUCAUUGGUUUAUAGAUGCAGGUACCCACGUGCCAUCUCCUCAUUGGUUUAUAGCAGCAGGUACCCAUGUGCCAUCUCCUCAUUGGUUUAUAGAAGCAGUUACCUACGUGCCAUCUUCUCAUUGGUUUAUAGAAGUAGGUACCCACGUGCCAUCUCCUCAUUGUUUUAUAGAAGCAGGUACCCACAUGCCAUCUCCUCAUUGGCUUAUAGAAGCAGGUACCCACGUGCCAUCUCCUCAUUGGUUUAUAGAAGCAGGUACCCACGUGCCAUCUCCUCAUUGGUUUAUAGAAGCAGGUACCCACGUGCCAUCUCCUCAUUGGUUUAUAGAAGCAGGUACCCACGUGCCAUCUCCUCAUUGGUUUAUAGAAGCAGGUACCCACGUGCCAUCUCCUCAUUGGCUUAUAGAAGCAGGUACCCACGUGCCAUCUCCUCAUUGGUUUAUAGAAGCAGGUACCCACGUGCCAUCUCCUCAUUUAGCAAAAAACAUAACUUAACAUAAACAUAACUUCUUUAAACAAUAAAAGCUAAUUUACGAACAUUUCUGAAAAUGGAUAUAUAGCUUUUAGGAAUGAAACUCUUCUGAUGUUUCCACAUCUGAGCUCAGAGUAGAUGAGAGAUGUAAUGUUUGUCUCUGUUGUGUUGAAGCCCAAUCAAGCAGGAGAGACCAGCCUCCCCUGUACCCAGCUGUGUGUCCAUGAAGAGUGACCGGUCUAUGGAAUAUCCUAUAGAGUUUAGAGAGGGAGACUUUUCUACUGAACAAAGAAACCAACAGGAGAGAUCAGAGUCAGAGAUUCUCAGUGGUCAGUCUUCCCAGAGUCAUCAAACAGACCUGGCCUCCAUAUUCAGUUUGCUUGAAGAGAAAAUUAUGACAUUUGUGAAGAACGAGCUGAAGAUGUUCAAGAGGAUUCUUAGUCCAGAACUCCCAGAAGGCUUUGAGAGUCAGAAGCAGGAUAAGGAAGUGGUGGAUGCUGAAGAUGAGAAGCAGGAGAGCAGUGCCAGAGAGGGGGCUCUGAAGAUCACACUGCACAUCCUGAGGAAAAUGAACCAGAAGGAGCUUGCUGACACACUGGAGAAAUAUGAUCCUGCUGUGAUUUGCCAACGUGAACUCAAAUCUAAUCUAAAGAAGAAGUUUCAAUGUGUAUUUGAGGGGAUCGCUAAACAAGGAAACCCAACACUUCUCAAUAAGAUCUACACAGAGCUCUACAUCACAGAGGGUGGAACAGGAGAGGUCAAUAAUGAACAUGAGCUGAGACAGAUUGAGACAACAAUCAGGAAACAAGCAAGACCAGAGACUGCAAUCAAAUGUAACGACAUCUUCAAACCCUUAACUGGGCAAGACAAACGUAUCAGAACUGUGCUGACAAAGGGAGUCGCUGGCAUUGGAAAAACAGUCUCUGUGCAGAAGUUCAUUCUGGACUGGGCUGAAGGAAAAGCAAAUCAGGAUGUCCAAUUUGUAUUUUCAUUCCCUUUUCGGGAGCUGAAUUUGAUGAAAGGGGACAAACACACUUUCAUUGAGCUUCUCAAUCACUUCUCAAUGGAAACCAAACAAUCAGGAAUCUCCAUCUACAACAAGUACAAAGUUCUGUUCAUCUUUGAUGGUCUGGAUGAGUGCCGACUGCCCCUAGACUUCAAGAAUAACAAGAUCUGUUGUGACGUCACAGAGUCAACCUCCGUGGAUGUUCUGCUGACAAAUCUCAUCAGGGGAAAUCUGCUUCCCUCUGCUCUCCUCUGGAUAACUACCCGACCUGGAGCAGCCAAUACGAUCCCUUCAGUGUGUGUUGACCAGGUAACAGAGGUACGAGGAUUCAAUGACCCACAGAAGGAGGAGUACUUCAGGAAGAGAUUCAGUGAUGAGGACCUGGCCAGCAGAAUCAUCUCACACAUACAGACAUCAAGGAGCCUCCACAUCAUGUGCCACAUUCCAGUCUUCUGUUGGAUUUCUGCAAUAGUCCUUGAACACAUGCUGGAACAUAAGAGAGAAGAGAUGCCCAAGACUCUGACUGAGAUGUACACACACCUUGUGGUGUUUCAUACCAAACAGAAGAAUGAAAAGUAUCUUGGGAAAGAAGAGACAGGUCCACACUGGAAUAAAGAGAGCAUUCUGUCACUGGGAAAACUGGCUUUUCAACAGCUUGUGAAGGGCAAUCUGAUUUUCUAUGAAGAAGACCUGAAAGAGGCUGGCAUUGAUGUCAGUGAAGCCUCAGUGUACUCAGGAUUGUGCACACAGCUCUUUAAAGAGGAAUGUGUGCUGUACCAGGACAAGGUGUACUGCUUUGUUCAUCUGAGCAUUCAGGAGUUUCUGGCUGCUGUAUAUGUGUUCCUCACAUUCAUCAACAACAAUGAGAAUCUAAUUGACAAACUGCAAUCAACGUCCAGGAACUUUUCUGUGAGGAUCAAACAAAGGCGUAAAGUUACUUUCUACAAGAGUGCUGUGGAUAAAUCUUUACAAAGUGAGACGGGAAACCUGGACCUUUUCCUCCGCUUCCUACUGGGCCUCUCACUGGAGUCCAAUCAGAAGCACUUACAAGGUCUAAUGACAAAGACAAGAAGCAGCUCACAGAGCCAUGAAGAAACAGUCAGGUACAUCAAGGAGAAGAUCAGGGAGAAUCCCUCUCCAGAGAGGAGCAUCAAUCUGUUCCACUGUCUGAAUGAACUGAAUGACCAUUCUCUAGUGGAGGAGAUCCAAAGCUACCUGAGAUCAGGAAGUCUCUCAGAACCCAACCUGUCACCUGCACAGUGGUCAGCUCUGGUCUUUGUGUUGCUGACUUCAGAAAAGGAGCUGGAUGUGUUUGACCUGAAGAAAUACUCCAGAUCAGAGGAAGGUCUUCUGAGGCUGCUGCCAGUGGUCAAAGCCUCCAGAGCUGCUCUGCUGUCAGGCUGUGGAGUCACAGAGGAAGUCUGUGCUUCUCUGGUCUCAGCUCUGGAGUCAAACCCCUCACACCUGAGAGAGCUGGAUCUGAGUAACAAUGACCUGAAGGAUUCAGGAGUGAAGCUGCUCUCUGCUGGACUGGGGAAUCCCCACUGUAAACUGGAGACUCUGAGGUCAGAAUUCCUGUCAGGCUGUCUAGUCACAGAGGAAGGCUGUGCUUCUCUGGUCUCAGCUCUGAGGUCAAACCCCUCACACCUGAGAGAGCUGGACCUGAGCUACAAUCACCCAGGAGACUCAGGAGUCAGACUGCUCUCUGCUGGACUGGAGGAUCCACACUGCAGACUGGAGAAACUCAAUGUGGAACAUGGUGGAGAGAACAGAAUGAAACCUGGACUUAGAAAAUAUGUCUGUGAUCUCACACUGGACCUAAACACAGUAAACAGACGCCUCUCUCUGUCUGAGGAGAACAGAAAGGUGACAGGGAGGAGAGAGAAGCAGCCGUAUCCUGAUCACCCAGAGAGAUUUGAGGACUGGGAACAGGUGCUGUGUAGCGAGGAACUGAAUGGGCGCUGUUACUGGGAGGUAGAGUGGAGUGGGGGGGCUGGUAUAGGAGUGACAUAUAAAGGAAUCAGCAGGAUAGGAGUGGGUAGGGACUGUUGUCUUGGACGGAAUGACAAGUCCUGGAGUCUGUUCUGCUCUGAAUACCGUUACAUUGCCAGGCACAAUAAUAAUCCCACUACCAUAGACGUCCGCCCCUCCAGCUCCCAAAGAGUAGGAGUGUAUCUGGACUGGCCAGCCGGCACUCUGUCCUUCUAUAGAGCCUCCUCUGACACACUGACCCACCUGAUCACAUUCACCUCCACAUUCACUGAGCCCCUCUAUCCAGGGUUUUGGGUUUAUUAUGGCUCCUCAGUGUCCCUGAAAUAAUAACCUGACACACACACACACACACACUGGACAGACACAUACAGGACACACACACACACAGGACACACACACACACACACUGGACAACCAAACACACACACUGGACUAACACACACACACUGGAAAAACACACACUGGACACACAGGACACACACACAUAUGCGCAUCUUCCUAUAAUUGUGAGGACCUUGACCCAGGACCUCUUACAAUAACACUGUUAAAAUAUCAAUGUGAUCAUUUGUUGUCUUUUAUGUUGAAUAACAAAUUGUACAACUAUAUAUGGACAAAUGCUCCAUAGUUGUACAAGUAUACAAGGAUAUAUUGUACUUUUCAUAAUAAAACAUACUUGAAACAAGAACAGCAUGUUAA